GAAGGUAUUGAACAUAUGCAGAAUCUACAAAAGCUGAAUCUUGCAGGGAACGAGAUUGAGCACAUUCCUGUGUGGGUUGGGAAGAAACUGAGAUCCCUGCGCAUCCUCAAUUUGAAACAGAAUAAACUAUCAUCUCUCCAAGAUAUAGCUAAACUAAAGCCCCUACAAGAUCUGACUUCUCUAUUCCUGGCUGAUAAUCCAGUUGUAAGCCUACCUCACUACCGCUUGUACACCAUAUUCCACCUGCGAGCACUGGAAAACUUGGAUGGACAGCAAGUGACAAACAAUGACAGGAAGGAAGCCCUAGAGAGGUUUAAUUUAGAAGAGAUAGAAAAAUUAGAAAGAGAGUUGGAAAAUGUGGCAAAAGAGAUGGAGGACCUUAAACUUAACCAGUCCAGAGUGCUUGAACAACUUCGCCAUCAAGAUGAGGUCAACAAAUCAUUAAAAGAAAAGUCUUUGCAACAGAAACAAAGCUAUGAAGAUCUUCAAAGGUACCUGGACACCAAAAAUGAAUUGCUAAAGCAGAAGACAAUGGAGCUGACCCGGGCUUGCCAGAAGCAGUAUGAGUUGGAACAGGAGCUUGCAUUUUAUAAGAUUGAUGCAAAAUUUGAGCCCUUAAAUUAUUUUCCAUCAGAGGAUGUUGAGCUUGACAGUGUUCCUGGUGAAAGCCCAUACAUUGGUAAGGCCAGGUAUAAAAGGAAUAUGUUCAUAGGAGAAGGCUACAUUGCUAGCAAAGCUCAGCAGGUGGAGAUUGGAAAAGUGCAACCAGAUGGAGAUGACUUCACUAGGAAACCCCAGCUGAAAUUGCAGCACCAAACUGGAGAUGAGCUACUAGAGGAUAAAGAAAAAAAGAUCAGUUCAGCACAAAGAAAAUUAGAAGAACUGCAGUGUGCAGUAGGAAAUGCAGAACAACAACUUUUGAAAGUAACAGGGGAACUGCAACAACUGGAGGAUGCUCUGGCUCAGAAAAAAAUGUCACAGGCCAACAAGGAAGGACUUGAACAGCAGCUGAGUGAAAAGAUACAAAUCCUGCAUCAGCUACGCAAGGAAGCCUUAGAACUGGAAAAACAAAUGGAGAAACAGAAAAGAGAAGUAGGGGGAAAACAGAAGGAGCUCGAAGAGUUGCAGAGUUCUCUUGCUUCUGUAAAUCCUGAAGAUCCAAGACAUGCUCACAUGAAAGCACAAAAAACAAGUAAAGAACAGCAGUUUGAUGUAAUGAACAAACAGUACAGGCAGCUGGAGAGUCGCCUGGAUGAAAUGCUCUCUAGGAUUGCAAAGGAAACUGAGGAAAUUAAGGACUUGGAGCAACAGCUCACUGAUGGUCAGAUAGCAUCAAAUGAAGCACUGAAAAGGGAUUUAGAAAGUAUUAUUACUGGACUACAGGAAUACCUGGACAGCGUGAAGUGUCAGGCAAAACGGGCCAAUGAUGAAUGUAAGGAGUUGCAGAAGGAUAAGGAAUCUUUGCUGCAGAGAUUGGCAGAUCUAGAGGAGGAGAGAAACAACCUGGAAAUAGUUGCCAUGGAUGCAGAAAAUAUGCGAAAAGAAAUUUCAGUGCUAGAGGGGGCACUCCAGGAGCAGCGAGAAGCAAACGAAUCGCUUAGAGAAGCACAAAGGGACAUCAGUGCCUAUGAGGCUGAACUGGAAGCCCAGCUAAGAGACAGGGACACUGAAGCCAAUCAACACAAAGAAGAACUGGAAAGACUGAAACAACUCAGCCAGAUGGAAUUGUCAGCCCUGCAAGCUGAACUUGAAAAAGAAAGGCAAGCACUAGAGAAUGCUCUGACCAAAGCACAACUAGCAGAAGAGAAGGAACAACAAAAUUUUAAGCUUCUGUCUCAAUUCAAGCAACUGCAGGGAGACAACAAUCUCCUAAAACAGCAGCUUAAAGAUCUUCAAAAUCAGCUGAAUCAUGCAGUUGGUAACUUGAUUCAUCCUGAGGAAGCCUUAGCUCGAAUAAAUGAACUGAAGCAAAAGCUUCAGACAGGAAUUGGAGAGAUAAAAUGUCAGAAUCCAGCUGAUGUUUUAGGGAAAAGCCUUGCAGAUCUGCAGAAGGAAUGCAGUGACAUCGCUGCUGAUGCUCAGAGGGAAAAAGAGAAAGCGUGGGCUAGACAGAGGCAAUUGCAGGAAGAAAUGGCAUCCCAGCAGGAAAAACUGGAAGAAGUACAGGAGAAAUACAGACAGGUUAAAGCUGAAAACAGGCAAAAUAAGAACAGGGUCCAUCAGUUAGAGAAUGAAAUCCAACAUUUACAUGAAAAAAUAAAGAGCAUGGAAGAAAUUCAGGGCCUUGCUGAUCAGCAGCUGCAGGAGGCAGAUGAAGAGAAGGAGACUAUUCUUGCUCAACUGAAAAAUUUAGCAAAAAAGAAAAAAAUAGAAGAUGCCAGAGCACAGAUGCAGUUUGUCAGCCUAGAUAAAGAGCUGAAGGAGGUAAAGAGAGCAGUUAUCACUUCAGAUAAACUGGCAGCCACAGAGCUCUCCAUUGCUAAACAUCAGCUACAGGCUCUGCAUGGGACCGUUCUCAAAAUCAAUCAGGAGCGAGCUGAGGAGAUGGAGGAAGCUGAAGAGUUCUGUGCUAAGGCAGCUCGUGCAGCCCGGGAUCUUGCCAGAGCAGAAGCAGAAAUAGAAUUGUUACAACAACUCCUCAAAGAGAAGGAAGAACAAUUUCAGCAUGAAAUGGAGAAAGCUAGUGAGAAGACUGUUGCAUCAAGCUCUCAGAAGUUUGAAAUUGAUAAAUUAAAUGAAGCUGUGGAGCAACAAAAAGCAGAACUUGACCGUUUAAGGUGGUUGCUGGAUAACAUUGGGACAGGUAACAAAGAUGAAAUUGACAGCUUGCAAGAUGAAAUUGCAGCACUCAAAAACAUGCUUUCGAACCAGAAUGAUUACAUCAGUAGUAUAGCAGAUCCAUUGAAAAGGAGGGGAUACUGGUAUUACAUGCCAUCAUCACAGGCUUCCACUCCUGCUUCCCGCAGCACUAAAGAUUCUGGCAUUUGUCUACUCUGUGGCACAUCCCCAGCAGGAAGAGGGAGUGGUCAGGACAGGCAGUACAGGAAGGAAGACUUGCCCAGUCAAGGAGGCUGCUGGGUUUAUUCACCAGUCAGAAAUUCUGGUAAAGGUAAAAGAGCAAAAGGAGAUUGUGAAAGAAAUGAAGAAGUUCCUGUUCCUGAAGAGCCUCCCUUUGUACCACCCCCUGGAACAGUUAUCUACACAGUCCUUCCAGAAGGCAGCCCUGUACCUGAGGGAACUGUGGUUUAUGGCCCUCCUCCUGCAGCACCAAGUGGAGCUUCAGUUGCUCCUGGGUCUGUUAUUUAUGGCCCACCUCCUGUGGGAGCCCAGGUUGUUUAUGGCCCUCUUCCUCCAAACUUCACUGUCCCACUGGUUCCUGUUGGAGUGCUUCACUGCAAUGUGCCUGAGCAUCAUGAUUUGGAAAGUGAAGUCACGAGGCUGGAAGACACUGUGUGUUACUUGAAGUCUCAGAAACACAAAGAGAAAUGGUCAGAGGCAGCUGAGCAUAAAUGCAGAAAAGAGGUGGAAAAAUUGCAUCAAAAUGUGGAAGAACUUCUGCAGGAAAGAGAGGAGCUGGAACAGGAAGUAGCAGAGCUGCGCCAAGCAGCUCAGAAACGUACCAAACGCAGGGACUUCAUUGAAGGGUCUGCUGAUAACCUGAUUGCAAAAUUGCAGUUAGAGAAGUCUCUUAGGCAUCAUGAAGAUAUUGCAGAUGAAAUUGAAUGUCUAGAGAAGACUCUUCUGAAACGACGAGCAGAGCUUAGAGAGGCAGACAGGCUGCUUUCAGAAGCUGAAGUGGAACUUGGGAGCACAAGGGGGAAAACUAAGGACACCGUUCAGAAGUACAACCAUGCCAAAGAGCAUUUGUCCUGUACUGAAACUGAGGCAAAGGAGCUGGAGCGGAGGGCUCAGGACAUGGCUGUUAAACUGGUGAAAGCAGACCAACAGUUAAGGUUAUUACAGGCAGAUACCAGGGAUUUAGAGCAGCAUAAGAAGGAACAGGAAGGUAUUUUGAAGGAAAUCAGCAAAAUGGUGGCUGCAAAAGACUCUCAGUUCCAGUUGUUAAACCAGAAGAUAGAAAUGCUGACGGAAAGUCUUCAGAAGCUUCAAGGAGAUAUUCAGGUUGCUGAAGGUAAUGAAGAACAUCACCUGCAAAUCCUUAGAGAGGCAGAAAGCCUUCUUCAAGGCAAGAAAACUGAACUGGAAAGGUUGAAAGAUCAGAUUACUGCUCAGCAGCAAGAGCUCUUGUUUCUGGACCAGCAGUUAAAUCAAAGAAAGGAAGAGCUUCAUGUCCUUCAGGACUGUAUUUCUCAGAAGAAAGGUGACCUCAAAGAAGCUCUCCAAGAUGGAGAGACUGAAGCAAAUGAAAAACUGCGCCAAAUAAGAGAAAUAAAGCUACUUCUGGAAGAGCUUAACGUUGAAAGGAAGAAUCUGGAUGUCCAGGUGAAAGAGAAAAGAGCACAGCUUUUGUUCAUCAAGAAAGAUAUUGGAAAAGAGGAAGAAAAUCUUCAAGGAAUACUUGGGCAGAUUGCCAAGCAUAAGAUGGAACUGAAACAUGUUCUGGAAAUGCUGGAGCUUGAAAAUAAUGAACUUCAAAGUUUGAAACUACAGCAUGACCAGAAGGUCAAUGAGCUAGAGAAGACUCAGCAUACAAUUCUAGAAGAGAAGUUAAAACUGGAGAAUAUUCAGAGAUUAUUUCAGUGUCAGCAAGGGGAAGUAGCUUGGCAGGAACAACGACUUGAGAAGGACCGGCAGGAAAACGAACAUCUGGUUUGUCAGAUGCGCACUCUGCAAAACAACAUCGAGUCUCUGAAUAAAGAGAAGGAAAAGCUUGAGGAAGACUGUCAGAGUUUGGAAAAGAAGUUGUCACAAACCAGAAGAGACUUAACUGCUACUGAAGAGAGCAGCAGGACUGCACUGUCCAACAUAGAAAAAAUGGAACUGGAUGUCAAAAAUCUGCAGCAGGAGGUAGAUCUACUGAGCAAACAGAAAAAAUCACUGCAUGGAGACACUGUUGUUGUACAGAAGGACCUUAAAGAGAAAAAGGAAGAACUUGAAAGACUGAAAGGAGAGUUAAAUGACUCCAGGCAGCAGCUUCACCUAGUAGAACAGGAUUUGAAAAAUAAUACAAGGCAUAAGGAUGAGCUGCUGAGAGAGCAGGUGACCCUGAAAGAAGAGAUCCGAGAGUAUUUAAGGAAACGUAAGGAUUGCCAAGAGAGGCAGAAGAAGAGGGAGAACCAAUUGCAACAGCUCCAGGAGGAGAUUGAAGACAAGGAAACAGAACGAGCCAGACAAGAAGCAAUUCUUCAUCGCCUCAAACAACAUUUGGAGCGUGAAGGGAAAAAACUGGAAGAAUGUACUGCAAAAGUGAAGGACCAGAGAAUGCUGUUGGAAAAGGAACUAAUAGACCAACAAACAAAACUGGAACAGGCAGUAGCAAAAGUAAAGCUGGCAGAAGAAAACCUCAGGAAGCUGGAAAAAGAGGAGUCCCAAUGUGCAGCACUUGAAGAAGUCAUCAGGAAAAGCAAACAUCAGCUCUCAGAAAAAGAAUUCCAGUUACAACAGAAAAACAGAGAAGUGCAGACUCUUCAGAAAGAACUGGAAAUCUCCAAGUCUGAGCUAAACCAUCUCCAAGGGCAGAUAGCAUCAGAGAGGAAAAGAGCAAAAAAACAAAUCCUGAGCCUGAAAGAAGCAAUGAAAAUGCAAAAGAUGCAGCUUGAGAGAAAACUGCAGGAGCAAAAGCAGGAAAAUGCCUGUUUGCAGAGUGAAAUAGCAGCUGCUGAACACACAGCGCACGCUAACAAGGAAGAAGCCGAGUGCCUUAGGAAGGACCUGGGCCAGGCCCAGCAGGACUAUGUGGACCUCCAAACCCAGGUUAAAGCUCAAGAAGACCUGGAAAACAGACAAAGGGAAAUGGAGAAUGCAGCAGUAUUGCUUAAACUGGAGGUUGAAGAUGAAAUCAGGAUGGAUUUUAAAUCUUCGAGUCCAUCUUCUUCAGAAACAUUGGAGGAUGUGGAAGCAUCUUCUGAAGUACAGGGCAGCCUGCAGUGUGAGUCUGGUAGCUUGGAGGAGACUGAUCUGUUUGCUGAUAAGAGACUCCCCUCCUUGGAAGAAAAGUUGAAUUUUUCUAAAGUCUUCUUAAUGGAUGAACAGUGGCGUGGAGAAGCUCUCAGAGAGAAACUGCAGCAUCAUGAAGACCGUCUGAAGGCUCAGCUGCGGCAGUGCAUGUCCAAGCAGGUGGAGGUGUUAAUCCGAGGGAAACAGCAAACAGAAGGCACCCUGCACAGCCUGCAGCGGCAGGUGGAUGCUCUCCAUGACCUCAUCAGCAGCACUUCUUCAGAUUCGCUGGGUUUAGCCCAAAGCUCCAGCUCAGUGUCUCUUCGUGAGGCUUUGAAUCUAUCAAACCCUCAGGCCAUGCUGACCAGACUCGCCCACAUCCCCAGCAGGCAGGACAGCGUCCCAGUGGUGUCACCGAUGAUGCGUUCCUGCUCCCAAGGGAUUUCCCAAUGAAGACCAGAGGUGGGACACGAGGUCAAUCCAGCUAGAACUCUGAGUCAGGGGCAUUCUGAAGGCUGAGGCUUGUAGAUGGUGGUAGCCCAGGGCCAUUGUGGGUUCUCAGAUGUGCUGUCAGUUCCCAGUGAGCACAUUCCUGUGGUUGGUGUCCUGGCACUUG